AUGUUCCCGAGACCAACGUCGCGACAAACUUCGCCCAGCCAAGAGGAAUGCACUUCUAAAUGCGUAGGCCCUGCCAGCUGCCUAGUCGAAUGCGGAACUAUGCCAUCUCCUAGGGAGACUGCAGAUGUGGACAUGGACAAGCAAGACGUUGAGCUUGUUGGGGAACAGGUUGGAGGUUUCACUGGCACUGCACUUGAAGAAGCUACUCCAUGCCCAACAAGCCAGAUACAACAAGGACAAGAGGCAGUCAGAGAACCACUAGAAACAACGAGACAGCGUUCUCAAC